AUGGCUGGUAAAAGCUGCCUUCUGGACUUCGAGAAAAUACUCUUCUGGCAACAACUGAUCCUUAAAUCAAUUGGCCUAGACUAUUACAGCUCGGAUUUUCAGUACACUCCGUUGACAAUUUUCGUACUAAUUUUGGUCGUCGUUUUCAUGGGAGUAUCUUUAAUAGAUCUGUACCUUUUCCGGAGUGACAUAUUCAAUUUCACCUUCGUGCUAGUGACAUUCUUCUACGGAGUAGUUGGCACCACUCGAAUUAUUGUCGGUUUAAGCAAAACUAAAUUCUGUGCUAAAAUGAUCCAAGAGGCAAAGCUAACAUACCAAUAUGCAUCGGACAGUGACCAGGAGCAGCAGGUUCUGUGGCGGACAACCAAACUACUAAAACAAAGCACUAUCAGCUAUUCUAUCAUCUUCAUUGGUGGCUGCCUGCUGGCAGCCUUUAUUCCUCUAGCCAUUUAUCUGUGGAACGGUGAAAAGAUUUUCCCUUUCGGAACCAUGGUACCGUUGGUUGACCCCACGACGCCAGAUGGUUACCAGCUAACGUACAUGUACCAGAUCAGCUGUAUGUUGUGGGCUCCAGUUGGGCUAACUGCUUCCCAGAACAUGUACCUGGCACUUCUGUUCAAUAUCUGCAUUCAGUACGAUCUGUUGAUGGUGAACUUGGGAGAUGCGGAUCGUUUGAUUGAGGCUAAUCGCGACGGAGCACUGGAGCAGGAAAUACGUGGCAAACUGAAGCAGAUAGUUAACAGCCAGCAACGGCUGUCGAAUUUUAUAGCCCAAAUAGAGAAUUUGUUCUCGGUGCAGAUAUUUGUGGAAGUUAGCAGCAAUGCACUGCAAAUUGUUGUUACACUGUUCGUUAUGAAUGUGGAAAUCUGGAUGCCCGGCUAUCUGUUGCUGCUUGUGUCGACUUUUCAGCUAUUUUUGGUUUGUAUUCUGGGCACGAUGAUCGAUAUCAAGAGUGAUCAGUUCUCGGAACGGGUGUACAACAUUCCCUGGCAUAAAAUGCGCAAUUCGGAGCAGAAGAUGAUUCGAUUCAUGCUGGAAAGUUCGCAACGCUCCCAACGACUCACUUACGGAGGGAUGAUCCCGAUAAAUAUGAACCUGUUUUUGUCGGUAGCUGGAAAUCGUAUGUAG